AUGAGUUACAAGAAGAGCACAGAAAGCGGCGAUGAGGUUGAAGAGCUGCUGCGAGCCGCCGAAGACGAAACCCUUCUGCGCCUCACCAUCAACUCCCACACUGCUCGCGGUUCCUCCGCCCAAUUCAUCGACGCAGACCUCGAUCGCCGCUUCCAAGCCCUAAAAUCCCGACCGAGAACCUCUGCUGUUCCUAAUAAGCCCCAGAAAAAGCCUGCUCCCACGGCAUCAUCCCGGCCUGAUGAUGUACAGGGCCCCAAAACGGUUAGCAAUGGUGAUUUAGAUGGUGCGGAUGAUCUGUUUGCUAGAUUCACUGCGCUCAAGAGCUCCCUCCCCUCUUAUUCGUCUUCGUCGGGGAGUGUUAACGAUCCGGGAAGGGCGAAAUUGGAGAAUGGCGAAGAAGAGGAUGAGGAUGAUGAAGUUGAGAAGUUGAUGAAGUGGGCGAUUGAUGCUGCCAGGCUUGAUCCUUCUCCGCCUUCCGAUACUGAUGAUGAUGAUGAUGUUCGCGACGAUAGCGAUGACGAGGAGGACGAGGAUGAGGACAGUGAUGGGGCUAAAAGAAAGACAAAACGUAAAUGA